AUGUCUAGUCAAGAAGAGAACGAUGGCCUUGGUGGGAUAAUAGAUGGAAAGGCAAUUGCCGCAGAGAUAAGAGCGGAGAUACGGAAUGAUGUCAGUAGCCUUUCGUCAGUGAUUCCAGGCCUGGCAACCGUUCUAGUUGGCGAAAGAAAAGAUUCUGCAACGUAUGUGCGCAUGAAGAUAAAGGCAUGCAGUGAAUGUGGCAUGGAGUCAAUUCAUCGUGCCCUACCUGCCGAUGCGACGGAAGGCGACAUCAUUGCGGUGGUACGGGCUCUCAACGAGGACGCCUGCGUCCACGGGAUUUUGGUGCAACUGCCGUUACCGGAUGGCAUUAAUGAAGAAAACGUGCUCUCUGAGAUCUCAAUCGAGAAGGACGUGGAUGGAUUCCAUCCUUUGAACAUUGGAAAACUGGCGAUGAGGGGCAGGGAGCCUCUUUUCGCUCCGUGCACACCACGCGGGUGUAUUGAGUUGUUGAAGAGAAGCGGAGUAGAGAUUUCGGGAAAGGAAGCAGUGGUCGUAGGGCGAAGCAACAUUGUUGGACUUCCUGUGAGUUUGCUACUCAUGCAUGAGAAUGCUACAGUCACUAUCACUCAUUCCCGGACAGUUGACCUCGCGAGUGUUGUGAGAAGAGCGGAUAUUGUUGUUGCGGCUGUGGGGCGGACGGAAAUGGUUAAAGCAGAUUGGUUGAAACCAGGGUGCGUCGUGAUUGAUGUUGGCAUGAAUUCAAAACCUGACUCGACCCGAAAGUCGGGGUACCGACUCGUGGGCGACGUCGAUUUCGAAGGUUGUCGCAAAAAGGCUAGCUUGGUAACGCCAGUGCCAGGAGGAGUGGGGCCAAUGACGAUAGCUAUGCUUCUACGGAAUUGCGCAGAUGCGGCUAUGAAGUGCGAGAAAUCAGCGGCCCAGUGA